AUUUCCGGAAUGUCGGCUGCUCCGCUCUCUCAAUUUAAGUGUAAAUAAAGUAAACAUAAGAUUAUCAUUCGUGACCUCUGAAUAACAGGAAAAUGAAUAAAGCGAUCGUUACACCGAGAACUCUGAAGAAUGCAGAGACAGGAAUUGACAUCACUGUGCCAGAAUAUCGCACUAUCACCAAACUUCUUUCAACUCAAGAAGAAUAUCAUGUCAUCAUCAUCACCAGCUUGCCUUACUUUAAAUCGCCAGACCACAAGCCAGAGGAUGUGGUCCAGUUUAUGGUGCCCAAAUGGUACAAUGAUUUUGAAUCGUUACACAAGGCCAUGAGUGAUCGUUACCCAGCCACCAUCUUCCCUGAUUUGCCAAAGAAAGUGCUCAUGGUCCGAGACAGCACUCCGCAGGGAAGGCGGGUUGCCUUUGAAAAACUGAUGCAGUUCAUCGCUUCAAGUCCCAAAGUUUGCUGCUCUCCUAUUCUACUGGAUUUCUUAGGUGUACCACAAUCUAAAAUAGAUGCUGUCGAGGGACAGGGAAAAGAAUCAGACACUGGAAGACAUGGAGAUGGUGCACCCAAGGAUGAUAAGGGUGAUCUUAAAUCUCCCACAAAGUCAGUUAAAAGUCAGAGCUCAAGCCUUUUUGGAGAGGAAGAUUCUGAUGAUGAACUUUUUAAGACUGACAAAGGUGAUGUAGAUGAGACAGAUGGUGACCUCUUCUCUCCUAGUCCUCACCAUGCCCAACCGAGCAACAGUGGUGAGUAAAACUGGUUACCAGUCAAACAUUUCCUUUCAUCUGAGAGAGUGAUGUAGUAUGUGUAGAGCUGUUAGCAUGGUGUGAAUGAUUAUGCUGACUGGGAAAACUGAUUAAUACCACUGCAGCUGCAGGUAUAUUAUGUCCUUGAGCAGUUAACAUUUGUGUACACAAAUUUAUUUUAUGUUGGGUCUCUAUUUAUUCAUCAUUAUACAACACUUGAAACAUCUGCUCACCUAGAUCUGCAAAAUAAAUAAUUUGAUGGAUUUUUUCAUUUAUUGUUGAAUGAUUUAGGUUAUUUAUUCAUUAAUGAAUUGCUAGCCAUACAGCUAUUGGUAACUGCACUUCUCCAUCAAUUAUGAUUGUUCAUUGUGUGAAAUAUUUUGCAAGCAGAUUACACCAAUCUGAUAUGGACAUUUAUAUCAAAGGUAAUUGACCAUUAACUCCCUGUUACCUUUAAAAUCUACCUCCAAUAUAAAUGCAGGUGAAAUGAUAUAAAAAACCUUCACAAUUUCUUUAAUUCUCAACUUAGAAUAUGAGCAGAUGAUAAUUUAGGUUUUGUGUAAACAGAUAUUGGAAAGGACAGGCAUUGAAGAAAUUGUACAAAGAUUGUCAUUGACUUUACCAAACUGUCAGUCAACCUUAGGAUGGUUAAGGUUGACUAACAGAUCAAUUUGUUAAUUUGUUAAAAAUUGCUGAUGUUAUAAUCCGGGUGAUUAUUUAAAAUAAUAGUAAUUGUGCUACUUAUGAAAUGUAUUUGUACAUGUAGAUGAUGAUGAAGACAUGAAUGCUAGACUGUAAUUGUGAUGAUCAUUGUGGCAAUGAAAAUAAAAAGUUAUGCUGGUGGUUAUAGUAAUGAUCAUGAAGACGUAGAAUUGAUGAUUGAGAUGAUGAUGAUAAUGAUGGUAUAAAAUACUGGAGAUUAUUAUGAUAAUGGGACAAUAGAAAUGAUAGUAUUGCUCGUUGUGCUGCACGGCCUCUAUAUUUUGACUUUGUGUUAUGAUUAUGAGAAUAAAUAAUAUGAUACCAAGUAUCAAAGCGCAGUUAAGUAUAUGCACAUAGUAACUGCGCUAUAUAAAUGGACAUAUUAUUAUGAGAAUGUAUACCCAUAUAUCAAAUCAUCAAAUGAAGUAUAUUCAUUCUGACUGAGAGCGCAAGUAACUCUCUUUCAGUAUCAGCAAUCAGAAACUUGUUUGUUAACAUUUUACGAUUGGUUCAAUAAUUAUUCAAUAUUAAUUCAAUGACAUUGAAAUGAGAUGUAUUACAGUUACGGCAAACGGUGUCAGGAGUGGGAUUAAAACCUACCCUACAAACUGAACGCAAAUACAAAUUCAAAGAAAGAAAUUGAAGAAACAGCCUCGAGGGCUUGUUAGGAUUAAGAAAUAUAAUUUAAAAAAACGUACCACUUGCUGAAUGUCAUCAAAAUGCUCAACGAUGCAUCUAAGAAAGGGCGCCAUCUUUGUGCUCACAAACUUUCCACAUUAUGACACAAUCUACAUAAAAUUGAGGUGAGUAUAAAUUGAUAGUUCUUUAUUCAAGCUUAGCAGUUCUUUAACCAUUGUUGUAUGAACUUUGACACAAGUCCCACUGCUAAUCAUUAUUUUAGAUAUAUUUAUGACAGGCCUUGGUUUAGACCAGUACACUGUUAGGCGGGUAAGACUGUCCCAAAGUUGAAAUGUUGUUCGGAUAAUUGAUUAGUAUAGAAAAUGAGUAGAUUUGAAAGUCAGCGUAAGUUACAAUAUUUUGAUUCUACUGUUGGAUUAAGACUCAUUGUAUAGUAUGAGACAGAAUACCUCCUGCAUUUUUUCUCAAAAUACUAAUAUUUCUUUCAAAAUUAUUUAAUGAGAAAAGAUAUUCAAUUUCAGCACUACUGUGAAAUGUUACUAAAGGA